UUGGGAUAGUACAAUGCAUUCCUACAUCGUAUUACAUCCUAGUACGUAUGUCGGAUCAAAAUAUCAUGUGGAUAAAAAAAAAAAUUAUUUUCCAAUGUAUCCGGCCAUUAAAUCAACAAAUAUACAUUGAUCCAACGGAAAUCCCCAUCUCAAAAGAAUUAAGAAAAACUAAUGGCGACUUAAUUACAAUUGUACUCUCUAUAAAUAAAACACUCACGUUCUUCACCAAUCCUCCCCAUUCAGCUUCUCAUCAUCAAAUUCUCAAAAACUUUCUUAUCAAUUCCUACCAAUUACCUCCCAAUUCUCACAUGGCAGAUACCGCCGGCGCCGUAAAUGCCCUGACGACCAAAAAACGUUCCGGUUCCGACGACAAUAACGACGACGGCGGAGCCUUCAUGGUGGCCAAGAAACAAAUCAAGCCGAUGACGAUGUGGGAGGAUGAUCCGGCGGCUUCAUUAGCCAAUGCCCGGCACGAGUUCGGCGAGCACGGCGGCGUCAACAUGUCCAUCGAGGCUUCCGCCACCUUCACCGUCAUGGAGCCGGACACCAUGCGCCGGAUGUUCUCCGGCGAGCUCGGCCCCGACCGGGACUUCUUCAUCUACAGCCGGCAUUUCAACCCCACCGUCCUCAACCUCAGCCGCCAGAUGGCGGCGUUGGAGGGCACCGAGGCGGCUUACUGCACCGCCUCCGGGAUGUCCGCCAUCUCCUCCGUCCUCCUCCAGCUCUGCAGCUCCGGCGGCCACGUGGUCGCCUCCAGGACCCUCUACGGUGGGACCUACGCCCUGCUGUCCCACUUCAUGCCCAGGGCCUGCAACAUAACGACGUCGUUCGUGGACAUCAAGGAUGUCGCGGCGGUGAAGGAAGCAAUCGUGCAAGGGAGGACCAAGGUGUUGUACUUUGAGGCGGUCUCGAAUCCGACGCUCACGGUGGCCGACGUGCCGGAGCUCUGCCGGGUUGCGCACGAUAAAGGGGUUACGGUCGUGGUGGACAACACCUUCGCUCCGAUGGUGAUUUCGCCGGCGAGAUUAGGCGCUGACGUGGUGGUUCACAGCAUAUCUAAGUAUAUCAGUGGCGGCGCCGACAUCAUCGCAGGAGCUGUUUGUGGACCGGCAAACCUGGUGAACUCCAUGAUGGAUCUUCAUCAAGGUGCUCUGAUGCUGCUUGGUCCAACAAUGAAUCCUAAGGUAGCAUUUGAACUUUCAGAGAGGCUGCCUCACUUGGGCAUGAGGAUGAAGGAGCAUUGCAACCGCGCUCUGACCUACGCCAUCAGGUUGAAGAAACUGGGUCUUAAGGUUAUCUACCCUGGCCUAGAUGAUCACCCUGACCAUGAGCUGAUCAAGAAGUUGGCCAACAAAGACUAUGGUUUUGGUGGCAUCCUUUGUGUCGACAUGGAAACCGAAGAAAGGGCCAACCGGUUCAUGAACUUUUUGCAAAACUACACGCAGUUUGGAUUCAUGGCUGUCAGUUUAGGGUACUAUGAGACCCUCAUGUCCUGCUCGGGAAGCAGCACCAGUAGCGAAAUGAAUGAAGAAGAGAAAAUCUUAGCCGGGAUUUCGCCUGGAUUGAUUCGGAUGUCAAUCGGAUACAGCGGCACCUUAGAACAGAAAUGGAGCCAGCUGGAGAAAGCACUUUCAAGGAUGCAGGACACUAAUCUGUUCCAAAAGUACUGAUGUCCUCUGUUUCAGCCAGGGCGUUGCAUUAAUAGAAAUCUUUUUAAUGUUUAUGUGGGAUUUUGGGGGAGUUAUGGUUUAUAGAUCUCCCUCCUCUUUGGGAUGAUAAUGCUUACCAAUUGUUGUAAUCAAGGAACCGAAAGAUGGUUACAUUAUCUCCAGGGGGAUGAAUCAUCAUCAAUCAUGCAUGAAUGAGUAGUAUUUUUAUUACCUGUAUAAACUCAAAUUUGAUGUUUCUAUGUAUGUAUUUGCUAGUUCUAUGCUUGGAUUUUGGACCACUUAGUUGUGGCCCUUUGUUUGAGUUGUCAUCUUUUUGUGAUGAUCUUUUUAAAUAUCGCUGUUUAUUUAUAUCAAAGCUUCUAUCAUUUCAAACUUUUACAAAAGCUAACAACUCUCCAUGUGAUUUUCUAUCUGAAUUGCCCUUUUACUAAUUCUUGUUCCGCUAUUGCUGCGCUCUCUACAGUACCAUCCUCCACCUCUUCUCUAAAGUCUCGUCCACAAAAGAACUCUCUGCUCCUUCUCCCCCAAUCGGCCAUACGGCAGAUGGAGGAACUUUAGAUUUUCUUUAUUUUGUUUUAAUUAUUUCUUUGCUUUUGGAUUGCUCUCCCGGAUGGGAGUUUAUCUUUCUCAUUUUUUUGAGAGUUUUUGCUCACUUUUGAAUGGGUGCUCGGUUUCUCCGACUGGAGAUCCCAAUUUCCCCUUCAAUGUUUUUUUUUUUUUUGGGAAUUCUUUAGUGUGUUUAUCCAACGAAUCUAGUGAGGGGCAUAGAUAUGGGGUAUACCAAGAACGGGAAGCAAUAUAUGAAGAUGAACCAAAACUCAAAGAUUGAAGAAUGGGAAGAAAGCAACAGAUCCAAAACAACUAGGUUGUGGUUAGAUUAUCCAGUUUUUGUUAGUAGAAUUUGUAACUGGAUCUUUAUUUGUGCAAUGCUCUUCUUUUGUAUUUUGGUCUCGGGUGUAUUUUUGGUUUUUUGCCUCUGUAAUAUAUUGCCAAUUUAACCGAUUCCAAAUUGUACAUACAUGUACUUGAAUAUUUCUGUGGGUUUGAAAAGACAUGUAAGGCAAAUUGAAUUAGUUCAAUCAUUUAGUUGAUUAGCUCGACUAUCUUGGUUGGUUAGCUCAAUUGUAUAGUUGUAAGCAAUAUAUGAAUGCCGCUUUUGACCCCCCCAAAAAAAACAAGAAUUUCCC